GUUGUUUCUAGCCACUGCCGACGGGCUCAAUUGACUGACUGGUGGGAAAGAGUGGCUAGAAAUUUCUUUUGGGAUAUCGCGUCGAGUUUGGAUCCUGUCGUGCGUGUUUUGUGCCGUACAGAACUCAAUCGCCGCCACGUGAGCUAUCUGUCUCGAUGAUUGAUGAUGCGGCGGUGACUGAGAGCUGUAGAACGCUCUUCGGUGCAAGCAAGCGCCGCAGUGGAUCCCGUUGGAGUCAAUGCCUUUGCUCCCAUUUCCUAUUACAUUCCGGCAUCGAUGCGCAAACCUGAUCACCGAUAACCUGUGAGAGAAAUCAGAUCUAGCUGUCUCUAGCUUUGCCCCCAAUUAGUCUGGGAAGAAGAUGGCGAUGAUAUUGGAGGCCUUCGUCUCAAAAUUUGCUGAAAUGCUGGGCGAGUUGGCGAAGGAGGUUGACAUGCUCUUAGGUGUGCCUGGCGAGAUCCAAAAGCUCCAGAACAAGCUCCGUAAGGUCAGCAAAGUCCUUGCCGAUGCCGAGAGGAGGAGGAUCAAUGAUGAGGCCAUUGAUGACUGGAUCAAGCAGCUCAAUGAUUUUAUGUACGAUGCGGAUGACAUCCUCGACCUCUGUCGCAUUGAGGCGGACAAAUGUAGCGAAGGAUCUUCGUCCACUUCUUGGUUGCGCUUCCCCUUUUCCUUUCUCCCUUGGUUCCGAAAGCCUCUAGUUUCUCAUGAGAUUGGCACGAACAUUAGAGAGCUCAAUCAGAAGCUUGGGGAGAUUUCGAGGUGGAGGUCUGAAUUCAAUCUCGAGCUCACCACCCCUGACAAGCAGCAAGGGACAUCUCAAAUUAGUCGCAAGACAUCUCCUGUAGUUGAGAUUGAUAUUGUAGGAUCUACAAUUGAAAAGCACACUCAGAGCUUGGUUGAUUCGCUAAUUAAGGAUGACGGACGGAGAAACAUUCUUGUUUUCGCAGUUGUGGGUCCUGGGGGAAUUGGCAAGACCACGCUCGCUAAAAGAAUAUAUAAUGACCAGAGGAUUCAGGAGGGGUUCUCAGUGAAGAAGUGGGUGUGUGUAUCGCAAGAGUUUGAUGAGAUAAAUUUGCUGAAAGAUAUCAUCGGUGAUGCCCAGGAGCAGAGUAGGUCCUCGCUUGAGCCCAAAGUCGAGAGCAGUCUUAGGGGUAAGAAGCUGUUUCUUGUUCUUGAUGACGUUUGGACUGCAAAGGUUUGGUGUGACUUGUUGCAUAACACGCUAAAUAGUUGUGUUGCUGGCAGUAGGAUCCUUGUUACUACAAGAAAUGAACAGAUCGCGAUGCAGAUGUUGGCAGUGAACAUCCAUCACGUUGACAAAUUGUCUUUAGAGGAUAGUUGGUUAUUGCUUUGCAAGAAGGUGUUCCUGACAGGAGUGAGGUCGAGAUCCAGCAUCUCAAGGACAUAG